GUGGUCGUAAAGGAAGGAAUAUGGUUACUAACAUUGACGCAUUCAUACCCGCUCAAAUUCACCACCAACAUCAACAUAUGAAAUAGAUAUAUAAGAUGAGUUAUAAAGAAACGGUAGAGGAAACGGUUCCUUUAUCAUCUGAAAUUUCCCUUAAUCCCGAAGAGAAUUAUAAUAGAUGUCUUUGGGAACGUCUUCGUAAAAGAAAUGAAGGUUUGUCAGUUUUCUGGGAGAAGUUUAUUCGUUUAAAUUCAAUUGUUAUGGUUUAUUCUUAUAUAUGCUACUUUGCAAUUAAAGACAAAGAUACCAGUGUUCGUGGUAGUUUCGCAUCUUACACGAUUAUUCCCAGCUCAAUUUUUGCUUUAAUUUGCCUUCUUGCAAUUUACGCCUACUUCCGACCCAUUGUUGUCGAUAUCGAUGUGGAUUCUAUUCCUAUGGAAGAAUUACCAAGAAAGGAUGAUGGUAGAGAAUAGCCAACCCACGAGCAUGGUUAGUACCGAAGGUAGUAAUUUGCACAGAGAGUAGGUAAUUUGAUUCCAAAGACUAUCUGUUUGAGCCCCGUUCAAGACUCGAAAAUAAAUCCUAGUGAGAGGUCCUGAAGUGAACAGUAAGGAUAUUGCAUUACAGGAGAAUUGUACAUAAGUACUUCUCAUGUCGAUUCAGGAUUAAAACUGAUGGACGAAUAAAACAUACGUAUCAUUCUGUUUAAGCCAAUUGUGUACUAUAACCUUUUGCCAAAUAGCUAUUUCUGAAAACGAGGUUCUUUUAUGAUGUCCAGGUUGCAUUCUAGCAGAGAAAGAACUAUUCUACUCACACUUUCAUGUUAUCUAAAGACGAUUUUUCCCUUUUUUCUCCUUGCGUACACCUAUCCUUUUCUGUCGCUUAUAAUACAAUCCACCAAACACAGAUGCUACUAAGUAGGAUUUACGAAAUAAAGGAUAUUUUGGUCAUAACCGGCGACGUUUUCCAUUGACAAAAGAAAUAAAGUUUAACUGUAUUCUACGGGUUUAUUUUCUAUUCAAUAGACAAACUUGGGUUUCUUGUCUUUAUGCAAAUCCCUUUGGACUAAAGUGUCAUAGUACCUUUCCAUUUUUGUGCUCGAGUCUAAAUUGGUUCUCUACUGAAGAGAACUUUUACUGAUUUCAAUGAUUAAAUUCCACAUAAUUAUUCUGGAUAACUUUGAAAGUGAUCGAUCGUGAUCGGAUUUUGUGAACAGACUGUAGGGAAAUUGGAUCCUAUUUGAUCAUCAACAAAAAUAGAAUAUCUUGUAUUUACGACUUGCUAUUUGGAUGAAUUUCAAAUCCUAAAUAUAAGAAUGGUAAAAAAUUAUAUAUUUUUCUUCUUGAUGCCUUUAAAGUUUUGCUAGCCAAACGAAUAAUUCGGUUUUGCUUUUGUAAAUUUCUUUGCAUUUAGUAGUUGAUUCAGCCUGGAAGGUUGUACAGACUCAAAACAAUAAUUCAAUAGUUUCAUCACGUUGAAUCCAGUCUCUGGAUCUUAUUUUAACAUAUUGUGAGGAAUAUUCUGC